AUGGACCCGGAGCAGGAAUACCGACAACGUCAACAAGUGCUCAAUUCCUAUCGCGCUUUUCUCUCUCAAAAGUUGGAGCCUGAGUUACGUAAGGCGCACGAAGAGAGAGUUCAAGUGGAAGAAAAAAUAGCGGACUAUCGCUCGUUGUUGACACAAAUCGAAAGCUUAGAAAAGACAACCACCCCCCCAAGACGACGAGAGAACGAAGAAGGAAGAGAAGAAGAAGAUGAAGAUGAUAAAAAAGAACCGACGACGACAACAGUUCGCAUAGAUUUAGGCUCUGAAAUUCUCUGCGACCUCGCCGUGGACAAUACUAAUAAACUCUUCGUCGAUAUCGGUUUAGGAUUCUUCUGUCAACUCUCGCAUCGAGAAGCCAGAACGCUGUCCAAAAAGCGCAUUGAGAUAUUAACGGAUGUUGAACGCGAAAAGAGAGAAAAAGAGGAGAGGAUAGUAGAGCACGUGGAAAUCGUGGCCAACGGUAUCAAAUCCUUGAUGGCUUCCUCGCGAUGA